CAGCGAGACGACCUGGGUAAACAACAGUAGCUAGUUAGAUGCCUCAGAGAGGCAGGAAUGGAAACUUCAUCGAGGGCAGUGUUCGCAAGAAGUGGAAAUUUGCUGUUGUAUCAUGGUGUGAACCUAAUGGAUUACAGGGUGUGCUGUGUACUCUGCUUCGAGUAAUACAGCCCUGACCUGAAAAUCAGGAUAAAUUAUAAUUGCCGUCGGGUCUACAGAUAUCUAGGUGUAUGACGUUGGUAGACAGUAGCUAGUUGCUAACAUACUUAGCUGGCUAACACAGCUAUGUUACUGUGUAGUUGAGCCAGCCGCGGAGGGCCCUAUUCGAUUUUGUUUCUGUGUGUUGUCACAACCCCGGCGGCAGUCGUUCGUUCGCGAUCCAUAGUUGCCCCCCUUUUAAUAAAACCAGGACUUGUACGUUUAAGGGAACCCAUGCAAAAUCUGGAGCACAAUUGUACAAAAACCCAGUUGUAGGUUGCAGUGCUGCAGAUGGAGCCCUGAAAGCAGGUGUGGGCGUUCUCGGCGUUGCGCCUGUGUUGACCCGCCACGAUGAAGAGCGAGGUGCCGUCUGAGGCCCCAGGCAGACAGGAGAACCUGAAGGGGCCACUGGCCAACCCAGAGCCCAUGGAGGCUGCCAAGAGCUUCCCUGCCAACAUGGAGGUGAUCGGCAAGGCAGGCAGCGAGUUUGCGCCACUGUGCGCAGAGGCCAGACACCGGCCUCUGAGAGACGCCGGGGCUCGCAGAGACUCCGACAGGGGCCUCCCCGGCCGCAAGAAGCGCAAGAGCCAACAGGCGGGGCCCUCGGACUGCGCCCUGAAAGAGGGCCGCAUGGGCGACGACUCCCUGGCCCCCCAGCACCACAGGACAGAGCUUCUGGAGGGCCACAGCGAAGACGAGCGCAACCCGGAGUCCUCCUUCAGUGACUGUGCCUCCUCGCCCUCCUCCAGCCUUAGGUUCGGGGACUCGGACACCCUGAGCUCGGAGGAGGAGGGUGUGGCAGGGGCGGCAGGCGGGCAGCAGGCCGCCCUGCAGCACAAGGCUCCCUCCCCCCCUACGGGAGGGGCAGCGGGGGUCGGGCUGCGGCCCGUUCUGGGCCGGACUCGGGGGAGCCGCUCUCACAAGUGGGUGGCGUCGGAGGCGGAGCCGGUGCUGCUGAAGCGGCCGUGCCUGAGCGGGCGCCGGCCGCUGCACAGGAAGCGCUUCGUGAAGGCCGGGCCGGGCGGAGCCCCGAGGACCCAGAAGCAGAAGGAGCGGCUGCUGCUCCAGAGGAAGAAGCGCGAGGUGAUCGCCCGCCGGAAGUACGCGCUGCUCCACAGCACCAGCAGCUCCAGUGAGGAGCUGAGCAGCGCCUCGUCCUCGCCCUCCUCCACCGAGGCGGAGGACGAGCUGUACGUGGACGUGAGCAGCACCAGCAGCCAGCCCACCAGCGCAGCCGUGGCCGCAGGUGCUCUGGACGAAGAUGUUGUGGUGAUCGAGGCGACCCCCGCUCCCCCUGUUCCUGCCAGCGAAGAAAUCAAUGUCACGUCCACUGACAGCGAGGUGGAGAUAGUCACCGUGGGAGACAGCUUCAGGCCUCGCUCGGUGGGGGGUCAUGGCAGGAUGCACUGGGGCCCCAGCUGCUCCCAGAGCCGGGGCCAGGAGCCACGUGGACGCCACCGCCUCUCCACCGUCAUCCAGCCGCUGCGGCAGAGCGCCGGGGAGGUGGUGGACCUCACCGUGGACGAGGACGAUCUCUCCGUUGUGCCAACUACAUCUGACAGCGUUCACCCUCAGACUGUCAGUUCUUCCUCCUCAUCCUCCCAUCAUGCCUCUACCUCAGAGCCACAUGAGGCCCCUGGCCCCUCCUCCAGCUGCCCUGGCCCUGCCCCGGACAGCACCCUGGCUCCUUGCUCCAGUGGCUCCUCUGGUGCUGUGGGCACCACCACCGAGGACGAGAGCAGACGCAGCUUGGCGGGGGACGGCGGGGGCACGGCCAUGCCCAGGCUGCCCUCCUGCUGCCCCCAGCACUCUCCCUGCAGCGGCCCCUCGCAGGUCCACGUCAGCCUGGGCCACCCCCACUCCAGCUGCCUGCAGGCCUCCUCCCAGCAGCAGGGCUCCCAGCACGGACACGCCCACCACUUCCACCACCACCACCAUCCCCCGCCUCCGCCCAGCCUGCCCUUCCCCGAGCCCAGCUGCCCCCUGGAGAGACCCACCGCCCUGCCCGCGCCCUGCGGGGGCGUCAGCAGUAGCAGUGGCAACGGAAACCAGUACCACGACCAGCAGACCCUGCCCGUGGACCUGAGCAGCAGCGGCGUGCGGGCUAGCGGCGGCAGCGCCGGUUUCCAUGGCACCUCAGCCUUCGACCCCUGCUGCCCCGGCUCCACCUCCCGACCCACGGCCUACAUCUCCCAGGCUGCACUGGGGCCCAGCCAGCCCAGUGUUGUGGAGUCGUUCAGCUCUGCCAUGGUGGCUCAGCCUCACCCCCAGCCCCAGCUGUCCUCCUGCAGGCACUUCAUGCACCCCACCUACGCUCCGCUGGCACGCUCACUGCACCACCAGCCUUCCUCCUCCUGCCCUCACUCCCAUGGCAACCCCCCGCCCCCGCCCCAGCCCCCUCUGCAGGGAGACUACGUCCUGCCCCACGUGCACCCCUUCCACACGCCCUCCCACCCUCCGGGCCACGCCGUGCCCCCGGCCCCUCCUCCGCCCCUGCCCGCCCACCACCUCUCAGGCUCCACUGCCCCCUUGCCCCAGCACCUGCAGGCUGAACACCAGGCCCUGUCGCACCACAUCCCAUCCCUGGGGUCCUCCGUUCAGAGGCUGCACCAGCACGAGAUGCUGCAGAGGAUGGAGGUCCAGAGACGCAGGAUGAUGCAGCAUCCUACACGGGCUCACGAGCGCCCUCCUCCACACCCCCACAGAAUGCACCCCAACUAUGGCCACGGGCACCACAUCCACGUGCCUCAGACCAUGUCGUCCCACCCCCGGCAGCCAGAGCAGAGGACCGCAUGGGAGCUGGGGAUCGAGGCUGGGGUGACGGUGGCCCCCUACCCUUCAGGACACCUGCACCCCCACCUGCCUCACUACCACCCUCCCCCUAGACUGCACCACUUCCCCAUCCCCUUCAUGCACACUGGCAUGUCUGAAGUGACCUACCCACACAUUCGGUACAUCUCAUCUAGAAUGACUGGAUUUGGACGAACUUACGAGGAUCUGCUGCAUCUGGAGGAGAGGUUGGGGACUGUGAACAGGGGGGCCUCUCAGGGAACCAUAGAGAGAUGCACGUACCCGCACAAGUACAAGAAGAAGGUGUUGGAGAGAGACAUUGACGAACAGUUAACCCCUGAAGCAUGGGCAUCUAUUGGGAAAAAUAUGCACGCAACCUCAGACUCGAGAAAGCUGCACGGUAAGCAAGAUGAGGAUGAGGGGGCGGAUGAAGACACGGAGGAGAAAUGCACCAUCUGUCUGUCAAUACUGGAGGAAGGGGAGGAUGUCAGACGCCUACCUUGUAUGCACCUCUUCCACCAGCUCUGUGUGGACCAAUGGCUCCUCACCAAUAAGAAGUGCCCCAUCUGCAGGGUGGACAUCGAGGCCCAGUUGUCUGCUGAGAGUUGAUGCUGUUUUCCUACCAUUUUGUUGGGAUUUUCUUUUAUUUGUCGUUUCUUGUUUUCAGUUUUCUUCAGUACUGCAGUCAACCAAAGAUGGCAUGAAUUACCUGCGCAUUCAAUAUGAGGAAAAAAAAACAUCUGACAAAAAAAGCAUUGAGCCUAGAGUGCCAGCUAUCACAGUACAAUACUGCUAUAAUUGACAUCUCCAUUAAGGAUUUAAAGAUUUAUUGUAUUUAUAAAGCUUUUAUGUAGCUUUUGAUUGUUUCGUUAAGUGUCAUUUGUUUUUUGAUUAUUUUUAUGUUUUUUUUUUUUUUGCAUGGUUCCUCACAAUGCAUUUCUUUGCACAUAUAUUGUGGUCUUCUCAUGGGCCUAACAACUUGCAGGUGAGGAUAGCUGCUCUAGUAAAGAAGCAUUUCUAUAUACUUAAUGUCUUGCUUUACUGGAAUAGAAUGUCAACCUCCGUUUGAAAAAAUUGCAGAAUUCAUCUUACCAAUCAUUGUAUUGAUUAGUUCAUGUUUAGACAACGUGGUUUACUAGUGAAAUACAUUUUUAAGUAAAUCAAGACAUUCCUUAAUUAGGGAAAUAUCGUUUUUACAGAUCAGCUGCUGUAUUAGUGUUCACCCAGUAUUUUUAGUGGGAAUAAACUCCGAUGUUCACCUCA